AUGGAAAUCGGAGUGCCGUCUCUGAGGAAUGUCUUCUUCGUCUCGCGAUUCAAGUCGCUUUCGUGGCUGGUCUUCUCAUUAACCUCCAUCCCCAUCCAUCUGCUCUUUAACUCAGCGGUGUUCGAGACGGAUUACCAAGGGAGCGACUUUGAGAUGGCCAUGGUAUCGGAGUCGUUCGUCAGCAAGGACCAGGCCUAUUCUCACCCAGGAGCGAGUUUCUGGCCCUCGGGAGUAAUGCCUUCUGGUUGGGGCAAAGAUGUCAACAUGUCUGACUACAAGAACUCAGACUUCUGGCUGGUAAAAAACGUGUCAAUGUUGUAUGACAGACCAGGGACCUGGACAACGCUUGAUGCCAAAACAUGCAAGGAGCAGUACCGCGCUUGUAUUGGGCGGCGAGAGUAUCAGAGUGUGGUUGUCGUCUUGAACAGCGCCAGUGACGACGAUGACAAGGAGAAUGGAUGGAUUCCAAAUCAGAUCUACAACAUGUCUGCGCCAGUGCAGUGGUUAAAUGAAUCUCGGGAGUACACGACUGACGUUAGAGGCGCUUUCACGAACUCGACUACCUAUUCGGAUUACUGGAAACCAUACGUCUCACUCGAUGAGACGAACUCGCUUUGGUUCGCGUCCUCGUGUCACGUCGAGGCCACCCGUGGAUCGGAGAAUCCUCCGGCCUGCUCCCAUUCAUGCGCGGGAGCCUUCGGUCUACCUUACUAUUCUAUUGACGCUCUGGAUACGAAAGUCGGAGCAGAAGACACGAACUGGACCUUCCCGUUUGCAUACGGAAAAUAUGUUUACUAUGAAGGCUAUUUUAUGUCGACACACCGCCCGCCGUACAUCAACAACGCCAGCGACAUACAGGAUGUUUCGUAUUGCUUGGCCGAGACUGUCGUACCCCAGUGCAAAGUUGGGCUUUCCAACAUACUUCUCCUGAUCAUUACUCUCUGUGUCAUCCUCAAGACAAUCCAAUGCAUCAUCGUCAUCCGGAAGCUGCCGGAUAAUCACCCGCUGGUGACACCCGGUGAUGCCGUGGUCUCCUUUCUGGUAUAUCCUGACCCGACGACAGUCAACAAGUGUACAAUGAGUGUUCAGGACCUGUCCGUUACGAGGAAGAACCAAGCAGAACGAGCUGCGCGCAAUCCAGGAAUCACAUUUGCACCGGGUCCCCGCCAAUGGAGGAAGCGAUGGAAGUUCUUGGCCUCUUCCAUCCCAAUCACGGCAUGGGUCAGAACAAGUGACAGCUUUGGCCACGCCGCCACCAAUGGCCUGUUCUCGCCCGAGUGGUUCCCCAGUGGACAAAUGAUCCCCUCUGUUCUACUUGCCAAUUGUCCCCAAUUGAUCUUAUCCUUCAGCUACUUUGCGUACAAUGCAUUCUUCACCCGACUUUUGGUGGAGAAGGAAUGGAACUCGUUCAGUUUGGACUACCGCCCUCUCCGCGUCACGGCCCCUGAGGGUGAGCAAUGGUCGACCUACCGUCUGCAACUCCCAUACCGCUACAGCCUUCCCUUGCUCAGCAUCAGCGUCCUUCUUCACUGGCUUGUGUCAAACACGUUUUACGUCUACGUUAUCGAGGGUGGUUACUACACUGGAGAGUACGAUUAUGCCACGAACACCGCCAACACGGGAGAAAUUAUGCAGAAGUUGGGCCUGGCUAGCGACACUUUCGUCGGCAUCGGCUUCUCGACGACAGCCAUCCUCACCACCUUCAUGAUCUCGCUGGUGCUGAUCAUGAUCCCCAUAGCCUUGAGCUUCAAACGAUACCAGGGCAGCAUGGUCGUCGCCGGCGCCAACUCGAUGGUCAUCUCCGCCGCGUGCCACUGCUCGCCCAUCAACGAUACGCCGCCGUCGACCGGCUUCCGGGACGACUCGUCAAUCGAGUUGCAGAAUCUGAUCUCGCCCGUCCGGCCGCGCCUGCAGACGGAGUACUCGGGGUUCAACUUCGAUGCGGACACGGAUCGGACGUCGCUGAUGAGGCUGGCGAGGAGCAAGGUGCGAUGGGGUGUUGUGAAGAUGCCGGCGGUGUUUUAUGCGCAGUUCGUGGACAUCAAGGAGUGUGUCGGGCAUUUGACUUUCGGCGCUGCGGAACACCACGUGGAACCUCCUGAGGAAGGGGAGUGGUAUGCUUGA